CAUCAAUAUUUAAAGUUUGAAAAUCUGGAAGUAAAGGUGAUAUUUGAGAUGGCUCUUCAACAGUUUGUGUGUAGGUUCACUCUGAUGACCCUUCUUCUGUCUCCAGGUUUUUAUUCAAGUAACUAUGGUGGUCAAAAAGAUUCUCCAGGAGCUUCACCCUGGCAGGUCAUAUUGCUCAAUGACGAUGGUCUCCAGUGUGUGGGGUCACUCAUCACGGAUCAGUGGGUGCUCACAUCAGGCAGAUGCAUGGCGAAUUAUGGACCCAACAACACAGUAGCCCUCCUGGGGGCACAAAACCAGUUGGGCGAAAACCCACACGAAGAAAAUCGAACAAUCGAUGACGUGGUUUGCUACAGUGAUCGGCAUGACUACCAUUCUAAAGACAGCAUUUGCCUCCUCCUGUUGUCGGCUCCAGUCAAUUUUUCAGAGGCCAUCCAGCCAAUUGCUUUGGCCUCAAGAAGAAGCACUUUCCAUAAUGGGACUCUCAGCUGGGUCACUGUUUUUGACAGUUACUACCACAAUGAAACAAUUCUGCAAAAGGUCAAAGCAUCAAUAGUGGGCAACAAUCAGUGCAACUGUGACUAUGAAGGAGAGGAAAUCUCAGACAAGCAGAUGUGUGUUGGACUGGGAGAUGAAGGAUACGAUGCGUGUGAGGUAUUUCAAGGAUCUCCCCUGGUGAUUAAAGGCGAUAAAGAAUGGGUUCUAGCUGGAGUUGAAGGUUUCCAACACACCUGUGGACCUCUUAAAGUCUACGCCGAGGUGUCCCGGUACCAGAGAUGGAUCAGUGAAUCUAUCACUGGCAUGGAACCACACUUUGUUACUUUUGAUCCCCCAGGUUUUGACAUGGACAAGAACUUUAUUUGUAUAAAAUCAGAAAUUUUGACCACACCUGUUCCCAUUUCUACGACCACUGGUGACACCAUAUUUAGUGGUGGUGACAACCUCAUCCACUUCACUCACUUCCUUUUUCUGUCUGCUCCUUUUCUGUUUCUCCAUGAUGUUGUUGGCACCAGUGGAAUGUGAAAGUGUAUUUCUAGAAGGUGGCAGAUUUUUUCUUUUGAGGCUUUUUUUGGGUGGAAUCCCACUUUUGCUCAAAGAUCUACUGGUUACAUAAAACAUUUAGAAUUAAAAGGGUUUCACAUGGUAUAGUGAUUUUACUGGCCUUUACUUUUUUGCUACUAUUUUAGUUGAAAAUUUCAUUUUUAUAACUUUGUGGGAAAAAGAAACAAUGGAAGUACACUCACUGGCCACUUUAUCAGGCACACAUGUCCAAUUGCUCGUUACUGCAAAUUUCUAAGCAGCCAAUAACAUGACAGCAACUCAAUGCAUUUAGGCAUGUAGACAUGGUCAAGACAAUCUGCUGUAGUUUAAACCGAGCGUCGGAAUGAGAAAUAAAGGGAUUGAAGUGACUUUGAACGCGGCAUGGUUGUCGGUCCCACACAGUCUGGUCUGAGCCUGCUGGGAUUUUCACCCACAACCAUAAAAAAAAGGAAAAAAUCCAGUGAACACCAGUUCCUGUGGGUGGAAAGGCCUUGUUGGUGCUAGAUGUCAGACGAGAACGGCCGGACUGGUUCCAGUUGAUGGAAAGGCCACACCAACUCAAAUGACCACUGGUUACAACAGAAGACCAUCUCUGAACGCACAACAUGUCCAAACUUAAGGUAUAUGGGCCACAGCAGCAGAAGACCACACCAGGCUACACUCCUGUCAGCUAAGAACAGGAAACCCACAGGCUCACCAAAAUUGUAAAACAGGAGAACAGGUUGGUGGUGGUGUAAUUGUGACAUUUUGUUGCCCCACUUUGGGCCCCUUAGUACCAAUUGAGAACUGUUACAAUGCUGUUGCAACUCUGUGAUGCUCUCAUAUCAAUAUGGUCCAAACUCACUGAGGAAUGUUUCCAGUACCUUUUUGAAUCUAUGUCAUAAAGGAUUAAGGCAGUUCUGAAGGCAAAAGGGGGUCCAACCUGGUAUUAGCAAGGUGUACCUAAUAAAGUGACCCGUGAGUGUAUAUUAAUAUUUUGCAUGCUUAAACAAAAACUAGAUGUGUCCGAAUAAUCUUUAUGAAAUAAUUCAAGGAUAUGAAAUGUUUAAAUGGUACAGUGAAACCCGGGCUAAUUUUUGCUGAUUUAAUGAUGUCAAAGUGAGAUUUUUAUCCAAAUCUAUGUCUAGGGUUGUUUUUUAGACAUCAUGAUUAAGACUAAAUAAAAUAUUUAAAAAAAGCAU